CCUCCUCACCAUUACACACUCCUCUUUCUCCCCCCAGCCUCUUCCUCCAUCGCCUCCGGAGCCUGGAUCCCCAGAAAGCGGGGUCACCCCCCUGACUGCCCUCCCCCAACAUGCCCCAUCCAGCCAGGAGAAGAUCCCAGUGCCUGUAGGACUUGCAGGACACAGUGUGUGUGUGUGAAGGACUUGUGGAGGAAGGGAUCGGAAUAGGAGGAGGAGGAGGAGGGAUCGGAGGAGUUGUAGGGAUUGAAGGACAAGGCUGACUUGGAGAUCAGAAAGGAAAACAGAUCGUCAGGAAAGGACAGUGAGAGAGAUCAGCCCACCAUGGAUGAGCAAGGCAGGCUACUCCAGGCCAGGGGGGUCGGCAUUCCAGGGCUCCCAAUUCAUGGGGGGCCCCUCACCCCCCACCCCAUGCAUGACAACUCCUCAGACAAUGGGGAGCCCAGGAAACAAGACAUUGGUGAUAUUUUACAGCAGAUCAUGACCAUUACAGACCAGAGCCUGGAUGAAGCUCAAGCAAAGAAGCACGCCUUAAACUGCCACAGGAUGAAACCAGCCCUCUUCAGUGUACUCUGUGAGAUUAAAGAGAAGACAGGGCUUAGUAUUCGAAACUCUCAGGAGGAGGAACCUGUGGACCCUCAGUUGAUGCGUUUGGACAACAUGCUGCUUGCGGAAGGUGUGGCGGGCCCAGAGAAGGGUGGAGGAUCGGCUGCAGCAGCCGCGGCCGCUGCAGCCUCUGGCGGUGUCUCGCCAGAUAACUCCAUAGAACACUCGGACUACAGGAACAAGCUGUCCCAAAUCCGACAGAUUUAUCAUGCAGAGCUGGAGAAGUAUGAACAGACUCAGGCAUGCAACGAAUUUACCACACACGUCAUGAACUUGCUGAGGGAACAGAGCCGAACCCGACCCAUCUCCCCAAAGGAGAUUGAAAGGAUGGUGGGGAUCAUUCACCGAAAGUUCAGUUCGAUCCAGAUGCAGCUUAAGCAAAGCACGUGUGAAGCCGUUAUGAUCCUUCGGUCAAGGUUUUUGGAUGCACGGCGAAAGCGAAGAAACUUCAGUAAACAGGCAACAGAAGUGUUGAAUGAAUACUUUUAUUCACACCUAAGUAACCCUUACCCUAGCGAAGAGGCUAAAGAGGAGCUUGCAAAGAAAUGCGGCAUCACUGUGUCACAGGUGUCCAAUUGGUUUGGGAAUAAAAGAAUUCGGUACAAGAAAAACAUUGGAAAAUUCCAAGAGGAAGCAAAUAUUUAUGCAGUGAAGACCGCAGUCAGCGCAUCCCAGGGAGGUCACAGCGGAGCCAACUCUCCUACCACCCCAACCUCUGCAGGUUCUGGUGGCUCAUUCAACCUGUCUGGAUCUAAUGACAUGUUCAUGGCGAUGCAGGGCUUAAACGGGGAUGCUUAUCCCCCUUCACAGGUGGAGUCCUUGCGUCACACGAUGGGUCCUGGUUACAAUGACAGUUUAUCAGCAAAUCAGAUAUACAGCCCUCGGGAGAUCCGGGCCAACGGAGGAUGGCAAGAGGCUGUGACUCCCUCUUCUGUCACUUCACCAACAGAAGGACCAGGCAGUGUACAUUCUGACACCUCUAACUGAGCACUCUCCUCCUCUCUGGGUUUCUCCUCUCUCACCCCUCCGGCAAGCUCGGUCUCUCCUUGAACUGAUCUUGGGUCAGCAUAGGACAAGAAAGUGUUGGGAUUUUCCCCCUUCACUUCUGGUUAAACCCAUGCUUCCUCUUACCUCUCUCUUCACGUGAGCCUCAAUACUAUGAAACUGAUCCAAGACAACAAUGACUUUAAAACCUUAAGCGAUUACAUUCUGUAAAUGGAGUGCCGAUACAGGAGAGACAACCUAAAAAAAAAAACCCUUGUCUUGGCACUUGUACCCAAAGAGUAACUACACAUCCUUUUGGCUGUUCUAAAAGAAACCUGACAAUUCGGAGUAACUUAAGAUGGUCACUCUAGAAAAGGACAUUUGCAGGUAUCCAGAAGAAAAGGGGAAAUUCAAAGGUUUCCCAACCUGUUUUCCAAAAACGUCCUCCACUUCUACUGUCAAGUGGAGUAUUAUGAAUGUAUCACAUCAUCCACUGUACCAGGGUGACGGUGACAAAGAUUAACACAAACAUCAGUUUGAGAACAUAAAGUUGAACAUGAAACCCAAAUACAGAGUAAACGGGAGAGAGGAGUCGCCGACGGAGGAGAAAUUAAGAGUGGAUUAUUGAAUAAAAAUAAAACAGGUUACAUAAGGUGGCGAUCCUGAGAGGCAAAAAGGAUGACAUUUGAGAUUGAGGGAAGGAGAAGGGGUGUGGAGAAGCAAGAAAGUGGAAUGGAUACUGGAGUAAAAAUAACAGAGAAAAGCAACACAGAGGAAGAAAGACAGACUUUAAAUCUCCUCGCUCCUUCCCUCCAGAGUCUACCCAAAAUCCUUUGAGGCUCUGCCAAUCAAAGAACAGCGUUAUUACCUCAUAGCGGCUCACAUAACCAAUAGAGAAGACUUUUUUCUUUUUUUUUUUUUUCUGAGUUUUCUUUAUGUUCACACGUUCGCAAGUUUGACUACCUCCGAAGGGAAAAUAAAAUUAUAUAUAUAUCUUUCACUUCUGCACGGGGGGUGGCAGUAAGGUGUGUGAGAAUUUUUGUCUCCCCCGAGCCUCUGUCCCUAUCCCCCUUUAUUAUUUUCUUUUUUUUUGGGAUGCUGGGUUACAAAUACAGUUGAUACUAGGAACUUUGUGUUUAUGACAGGGUUGGGUGGGGGCUUUAUUUUUCAUAAUGCUGUUGGAGAUAAAGUUACAGAACUGGAGAGGGGGUCAAUGUGUGCGGAUAUCCUUGUUGAUUGAUACAUUAUUACAUAAGUGAGAAAAAUUGUGUGAAUGAAUGGUUGAAGAAUGCUUGUAUAUUUUUUAUUAAUGUUCUCCUUAUACACAUCUGACUACAUCCAUUGUCUAGAGCGUACUACAGAAAUGUUGUAUUUGAGGUUGUCUACUCAACACUUCUUCUUUUUUAUUUUACAUUUGGGUGGUCAAUCAUUGACAGAUAUUUGUAGACCCUGGCUGGAAAAUUUCUACAAGUUACGAGCGCGAGCUACCUGCUUAUUGUGGAUCUCCCUCUUGUUGCUGUUUUGGGAUAUAAGCCUUGAAUCUUCCAAGGACACAUUGGGUGGUUCAACCCCUUUCAGUGUCUCCCCAGAUUAGUAAUAUUAUUUUGCUUUUAGGCCUUUGCUUGAAUAAGCUGGUAUAAUUUUAGAAACACUACAUAUGUAAAACUAGAUGACAGAACCUCUUUCUUUAGACCAGGGAUCCUCAAACUACGGCCCAAACUACGACCAAACUAUACACCCCAUGAUGGGAAUUGUAGUUCCUGAACAACUGGAGGGCCGUAGUUUGAAGAUCCCUGCUUUAGACCUGCUACAUGUGCGGUUUAAUAGGGAACAUUUGUCACCCAUUCCUGGUGGGUACCUCCAAUUCUAAGUUGGAUAUAGUGUGAUAAGACUAACAAUUCGGCACACAGUUUGGUUUGCACUCUGGCACACCCAAAAAACUUGCCUGGAAUAUAUGGGCUGUGCCUAAUGCUGUAGACCUUUUUGUAAAAUGUUACUCCCCUGGGAGCACCCCAUCCACAAGGGGAGCUUAGGUACAUCUGGUGCACAAAAAAGUGGCGCUGAGGUUUUUUAUCGGGUAAUAACGAUCUGUUUAUUACCACUUAGCUGAGGUUCACUAAUGGCUAGAUAUACAUUCUACUGUCCAUAGGUAUAGCUGUGGAUGUCACAUGACUUAUUAUAUCUUCUCCCCUACUGGAUCACGCCAUACACUAAAAUUUGCAUCAAUGAUCCCACGUGCUGGGGGACCUUCAGCUGAUGCGAAAUACUCUUCAUAGGUUCAGAACAGUCCUAUUUGUUUCCGAUACACUACCUGAUUCUUGCAAAUGAUGCUGGUUGUUGCCUAGCGAGAUGAGGAUAGUCAAAGAAAGUCUAUGUAGUUCUGAAUCCUACAUAGCACAGGUAGAUAAAGUGGCUAUUUACCUACAACUCAUAGUCGGGUCUUUUGAGGCUCUUCGAAAGCUGAGAUUCACUAAAACAUAAAUACACGUUCUAUUGUUAACAGAUUCACCUAUGUAUAGGUUACUGUUUGUGGUCUGUGUGCAUCCAUGUUAAAUUUGCUUGAUAAUCCAGUUCAACCAAAUGACAAACUACCUAUAGACUUAUCUGACAAAAAGUGCAGGGAAUAAAAUGCAGAGUACAAUAAGCCAACCAAUCAGAAUUUGCUUUUUCCACGCUAGCACAGCACAAGAUGGACUCUGAUUUGGCUGCCAUGGUUACUUUAUUAUGCUCAUUGCACCUUUAUACUGAAUAAUGUCCUGCAGGGCCAUAUCUAAUAAAGGGACUUGUUAUGGCAUCUUGAGGAUGGCUAUGGAUGGGAAGAUUUCUCAUUCUAUGUGAAUGAGCACGCCAUCUCUGGCCAUAUGCUUUGCAAUUUUGGAGCAGUCAUCAGCUAUCAAACACAACAAUCUAAUACAUAUGGCUUCACUCACUUUCCAGUUUCAAUUGAUUAAAUUGGGGGUCUCCAAACUUUCUAAAGAGUGGGCCAGUUUAUUGUCUUUCAGACCUUAGGGGGGCCAGACUGUGUCCAUUGGGAGUCAAAAAGGUCCUGACGUUAGUGGGAAUAACCAAUGCUCGUUCUUUCAUGUCAAUGGGAGGAAUGGUGCCCUAUCGUUGGGUUCAUUGUGAGGAUUUGUGCCCCAUUGUUGGUAUCGGUGGAUGAAAUAGUGCCCCAAGGGCUGGAUAAAAGCAAGCAAAGGGCCGCAGUUUGGAGACCACUGGACUAAAUGAUGGAAAUUGAUCAAACAACGCUUUAGAAUAGCAUUGUUAAUUUGGUUUCCACCAUAAUUUUGUUAGUUUAUUGCUAGAAACUGGUAAAAUGGGGCCCAAAACAGGGCAUGUUAAGGAAUAUAACAUCAUCUUGAAUGGCAAUACACUAGGGCAGCACACCCAAUUUUCACCAUGCAUGUGAUUUUUGGCAUGUUGGGGUGUAUUCUGGUUGCCCAUUCAUUUCAAUAGGCUGCUUUAACAAGCCACAAAAAGUAAAUGGACCCCUUUAAAAAAUAAAAAAAAAGGAAGCGUGAACCUUGUAUUUUUAUUCAAAAAAACAAUAUGUAGCACUCUGUGCCAAAAUGCAAGCCUUUUAAACCAUGGCUAUUUAAGGUCAAUGGGCUUUAUUUCCUUGACCAACAAUAGGAUGAUAAAUCUGCAUAAUUAGCUCUGCCUAGUUGGCAGGGAGGUGAUCAUGAAGUAAUACAAGUUAAUCAGGAAAUAACUGAAUGAUCGUCUUGGCUGUGUAAAUCGCUAGACCGGAUGAGCAGAAUUGCAAAGUAUUUGGCAGGUGAAAUUCAAAUGUUUUUAGUGGUUUACCUGGAAUAGCACAAAUCUGAAAUAUAUUGCAAUUUUAAUUUAUAAAAAGACUUGAAUUUAUGUUUUCAUACAUUUUUCGACUGCGCUUCCCACAAAAAGGAGCAAAAAAAAAAAGUACACAGCUUCAUUAUAACACAUUUAAUGUAAAAUUUUAGUGCAAGUUCUCUAUUUUUGUGUAUUGAAAAUGUACAUCAGUGCAGCAAAACCAAUGUUAAAAUUGGUGUUUUACCCUACAAGAAUUUUUUUUCCUCCAAAUUUUUCAGUUCACAUAGAUAAAUAUCACAUAGGUUUGCACUUGUUAUUCUUGUAACAACUGUAUUUAAGGUGUCAUUCACACCAUACGUGCAGAAAAACUGAGGGAAAUUGACGCGCAGAUGCAGAGACAUAAGUUUUCAUGCUAAUGGUCCUUUCACGCGUCCGCUCCGCUCGUCCGUUUAUUACAAGUCCGUUUACUUGUAAAAAAAGACAUGAAAAUGCAUCCUUUUUGUUUUUUAUAGAUCUCUUCACACCACUGCGGUGCAGGUGCAAUGCAUUUUGAAAAGUCAAGCCUACUGCAUCUUUGGUGCAAUUUUUAAAACUGAUCAAAAACACAGCUCCCUAUUGAAUGGAAUAGAAAGGGUUUCAAAAAUGCGUUUUUGGUGUCACAUGUCCAUGUUUCACAAGUGCAUGAUGGGAGUCAGGCAUGCGUUCAAAAAGGCAUAUGCUUUUUUAAUGCAUUUGUUUUUUGUUUGUUUUUUGCACCCAAGGUGCCAACCUACAGUCAGGUUUUGUUUCCUAGGAAAAACUAGAAACUGGUAGCAAUGGAAACCUCCAUUUUUGCUCCAAAUUUUAUAUAUUACACUCAUAUUGUCAUAUUUUAUUGUGGCUGUUUUAUGGAGACUGAAAGUGGCACUGUUGUCUAUAGCAACCGUCUCCACAGAAGCAAGGUGUCUGGUUGCCAUAGCUAGGCAAUGGCUCCCUGUUUUCAUAAAUCCCUUUGUUUUAGGGAGGAAAUUUGGUUGCUAUGGCCAACGGUAGCUAUUACCUCACGUUUUAACAACCUGUAUACUGAACUCUGCAUUAUGGAUUUGGGCCUAGACAAACCCAAAGCCUGUGUGCUACAAUGCAUUAAGCGUGUGUUGUGGUGUGUACUUGUAUAUAUAUAUAGAGAUAAGUGAGCGUAUGCGCCUAUCUCCACACACAGCCCCCUCUCCCCUGUACAAACAGCCUGGGCCUGGAUAUUCCUGGGCUACCGAAGGCUGAGGGAAGCCAUUUUGAUGCGUGUAUUAUCAUUAUCGAUUUCUGUUCCUCCCUGUUUUCGUUGGGGGUCUUCUUGUUUUUUUUUUUUUCUUUGGAUUGUUAUUUUAUGGGGGGUUUUUAGAAUCAGGAUAUUUUUUUUUCCUUUCACAUUUAUUAAAAGGAAUCACUGAGAA